GGUCUCAUGGGACGAUCAGACAAAGGCACUUCCCAGAGUGCCAUCAACCUCAUUUACUUCACACAUCAACACGCAUUCUUUUGAUCGGCGGUUGAGAGUUGGCUGAUCUUCGAAUUUUCUGCAGCAGUUUUAUCUCACCAUGGCGUUUUUCUGCCCCAUGAGAAUUCCAAGGAGACGGAGAAAACGGUAUCGAGAUGAAGAACAAAAAGACACCACUCGAAAUGGAAAUACUAAGGGACGGAUCACCGGCAGCAACAGUGUGGACUCUCUUGUGGAGGUAGGCAAGGAGGAAGAUGACGUCGAGAUUGAAUUUGAACCUCGCAAAAUGGUUGUCUUACACGAUUUCAUCCCUUGUGUCGAAGACGAGGUCGCCGUAAAGCGAGGCCAACAUGUCAAAGCUUUAUACCAAGAAACAGACUGGAUCUAUGUUAUAACUAACGAUGGUAAAGAAGGAUUUGUACCGUUUACAUACUGUGUUCCAGAAGAAGAAUACGAGAAAAGAAAAGAGAAACAAAAAGGUCUUCAAAGGAAUAAUUUCCGCAACGCCUCGUUCCUCGACUCAUUACAAGUGCAAACAGACCCUACACCGGCGUUUAAUUUUAAGAAAAAUGAUUUUGGUGAUUACGUUGUCAGAUUCGAGUUCACUGCUUGCGACGAGAACGAUAUCAACGCUCAGAAAGGAGACAUAGUUCGUGUACUAAACAAGGACGAUCAAGAUUGGUACUGGGUGGCAAAUAUGAAAGGUGCUGAAGGAUUCAUUCCCAAGGACUUUCUCGUUCCGUACGACAGACUUCAAAAUGGCGGUGAGUGUGUUAGCUGACUUUUGUUUCUAUAGCCAUGCGAUCUUCGAGUACUUUCGUACAUUUAAAGUGUUGAUAUAUUGUGUGAGAAUGUUGUGGGAAAUUUAUGGCAUCGCAACACAUGUGGUUCGUCUGAAGACCGCAGAGGGCAACUGUUUUCACAAACCGCAAGAUAGCGCACCGCGCUAAUUACCCUCGGGCUGUAUUGUUUUCGCUAAAUCGUCUUUUGUAGAGUUCUCGUAAACAAAUCUCAGAUCUCGAUCAACUCACCAAACAAAUCUCUUGAAGACGUAGAUUGUAUGAUAACCUUAAGUGAAUUUAUUUCUACCAGGAUUCGGUUGAGAUUUUUGUUUCCAGCUCUAGCGCGACCUUGCAAUGUUUGGAACUUCGUGACGAGAGAAAAUGAAAGCAGAUGAAUGCAAUGCAUUUUCUGCCUUGCGGCCAAUUACAGAAGUAUUAAGUGUUUUCCGGACAGGAAAUGUUAUCUUCUAAUACUUAGGGCUGAAAUGAAUAGCUAUAGAAAAGUUUAAACUCUUCUUGAUUACCGGUAACUUUAAAACCCAGAUCAAAUGUUUCCUGAAUUCCUUUGCCUGCUGUGUGACUAAUUUUAGUUGCUAUAAACAUCAAUAAAAUAUUAAGGCAAAUAUCGCCCGUCUGCAACAUAUGGUAAUGUAGGUUUAAUCUUUGGUCUGUUAUCUGUAAAUUGAACCAAGCACAACCCCUACUAUUAAAACCUUCUUUGUGCCCAAAAUGAGGA